GCUGGGCUUCGGACGCGCUGUUGAUGGAAGCGCCAUUUCCAAGUCGUCGCCAUCGUCGCAGCAGCGCCAUGGUACUACGAUCGACAGCCGCCUUCCUACUCAUCGCUGCCCAUACGGCGGUCUACGGCCUCGAUAUUGGCGACAACACGCAGCCGACCAAGUCGGGUGUCCCGACGUGGGUCGAUGUCAACACGCCCAAGGACGUCUACAACAAGACGAGCUCCCGCGGCGACGCGUGGCAGCUCGUCAUGAGCGACGAGUUUGAGCUCGACGGACGCAACUUUAGCGCCGGGCACGACCAUCUCUGGACCGCGCUCGACAUUCCGGACGGCGUCAACCGCGCGAUCGAGAUCUACACGCCCAAGAACGCGUUGACCGAGAACGGGUCGUUCCACAUUCGCAUCGACUCGGGCGAAGUCGAUAUCUCGUACUACAACGUGUGGGCCAACAUCCCUGGCUGGACGAAAAAGAAGAUGGUGCGUUCGAGUCCGAGUUUAGUCUGUUGACUGUCUCUCUAGUACUACUCGGCGGCGAUGGUGCAGUCGUGGAACAAGUUUUGCAUCCAAGGCGGGUAUGUUGAAGUCGCCGCCAAGCUCCCAGGCGCUUUGAACAAGGAGUCGAUGAACCCGCACGUCCAAGGCAAGCUCUGGACGCCGCAGGGCAUGAAGCCCAUCAAGCCCGCCGACAAGAUCCCCGACAUUCGGUUCUACCCGACGUGGCCGGGUAUCUGGCUCAUGGGCAACCUCGGCCGCGCGCUCUUUGCAGCGUCGACCAACAAGAUGUGGCCGUGGACGUACAACGAGUGCACGGAGCUGUCGCGCAAGAACCAGCGCAUCUCGGCCUGCAACAAGAACCCGGGCUUUGGGCUUCACCCAAACCAAGGCCGCGGCGCGCCUGAGAUCGAUAUCCUCGAAGGCGGUGGCACGGCGAUCUCGUCGUCUGUCCAGAUUGCACCGGGCAUGCCGGACGAGUACCGCCUCACAACCCCCGUGCUGGCGCUCGAGGCCUCGACCAACGUUGACCCUCAAGGCCGGAAGGGCGUCGGUCACGUCUUUUGCUACUACGACAAGAACUGCCUCACGCCCGGAGCCAACAUGGCCGACGUGUCGACCGCCGCCUUUGCGUCCCGGGGUCACAAAUCGUGGUACCAUGGUCUCCGGUACGCGGCCAACGACCGGUGCUCGCCCGACCCGAAGCUUGUUCAGCAGUUCGAGUCGGUCGCUGCCGCCCAGAACGGCACGAUCAUCGACAACCAGUGGGACAUCAAAACCAUUAGCUCGGGCAAGGACCUCCACGCGGACUUGAGCUUGAUUGAUGGCAAGGGCCCGCUGCACUGGGGUAUCAACUACAAGGGCACGUGCUUUCCGAUCGCAAACGGGUACAAGGGCGGGUUCCUCUGCGACCGCGACAGCAUGAACCCGAAAUGUGACAACCCGCGCAAGGCCCACGAGCAGGAGACCAUGAUGAUGGAGCCGUUCGAGUACCAAAUGGACGCAAUUUCAUCCAACUGGGACAUUAACUACGAAGCGUACACGACGUACUACAAGUACCAGCUCGAGUGGGUCAUGGGCGACGAUGGCUACGUGCGCUGGGCCCUCGAUGGCGCGCCGAUCUUUGAGAUCCCGGCGUCGUCGAUGACCAACCCGCCCCAAGGCGGGAAGGAGCCCAACCCGAAGAAGAUCAUGAUUGAGGAGCCGAGCUACAUUCUCUUCAACGUGGCGAUGGCAUCGGCCUGGGGUGCGACGCCGCCCAACUGGCAGGUCGGUCCGUGCCGCGGCAACGCUUCAAUGCCCACUCCAGGCUCGGACGAGGCCAAGAUGUCCAACAACAUUUGCGACUCGUUCCCGAUGUACAUGUCGAUCGACUACAUCCGCGUCUGGCAAGACGCGUCGCGCAUGAGCUACGGCUGUGACCCCGCAACGCAUCCGACCAAGGAGUUUAUCAAGGCGCACAUCACCAACUACACGGACCCGCUCAACUUGGACCUUCCGGUCGCGGGCGGCGCGUCGUGCAACUCGGCCGACGACUGCACCGUCAUUACGAGUCUCACGGGCGCGUGUGUCAAAAGCCGGUGCGAGUGCAUGCACGGGUGGACGGGCCCCCGAUGCACCAAGUACGACCUCAAGGACGCGUCGUUCGGCCCGUCCAUGGCGCUUUCCGUGGGCCUUGUCGCCUUUGCGGUCGCGGCGUCGGUCGGCGCGUUCAUUCUGCGCCAAAAGCAGCGCCGGACGCUCGAGAAGACGCUGGAAGUAUUCCGCGACCAGCGCAAGAGCCAGCUCUCGGCGCGGCCAUCCGAUAUCAUUGUACUGGGCGACCGCGAUGUCGAGUACCAGCACGCUCGGGCCUAAGUUUUGUUAUGGCGCUCAUAGGACAACUCGGCGUAGCCACCGUGACGACGACGACGACACGGACCAAAGGCGCACGCUUCGAAUGUCGCUACCCAUUGUACCGUAAUCUAUGGUCGUUUGUGAACAAAAAUGUAAUAUGCAUAUAUAUACCAGUCUCGCGAUAUCCUCCUGCUUGGGAGGAAACCCCUAUC